GAAACGAUUAGUUGUGGAAUUAUUAGCGGUCCAGGCAGUCAGUCUGUAUUUUUUUUGGUUUGCCACUUACUAUGUGCGAGAAGAACAAGAAGGUGAGCAGGUGGCUCCGGACGGUCUUUGGAGAUCAGACUAUUAUAGAAUAUGAAGUUAACACACGGACGAUCGACUUACUGUAUCAGCUCGCCGAAGCAAGUGCACUUCGGUGCAAAGAGACCUCGCUGCUCAUAGAGGAUCAUCCACAGAAAGCAUCUGAGUAUCAGGCUGAUGGUGUUCAUCUUCAGGAUGUUGUUUUACAAGCAGUGGGCUUAUCCACUGGAAGCUUAUCAAAACCUUCGUCAGACUACCUGACAGCAUUGGUAGAAAAUGCUAUGGUGCUUGGAACCCGAGACACAUCUUUAAGCAGUUUAGUCCCUGCCGUGAAUAACCUGACCAACGAGCUUCUGGAAUCUGAGAAGACAGACCGGAGACUUGAUAGGGAGCUCACCGCUAUCAGAAAGAAACUUGGGGAUGCUCUUGUGUUGCGGAAAACCUUACAAGAGGAUGUCCAGAAAACAGUGAAAGCCCAAGAGGUGGAGAGUGCCAAAGCUGAAGAAAGACUGCUAAAUAUGGAUUUUGUCAAAGCAAAAUCCAAAGACCUGUUAUACCGAAACAAGAAGGCAGAGGACCAGCUGGCAUCCCGUUGCAUGGAGAAUCGGCUCUCCCACCAAACUCUCUUGGAGCUCUCUGAGCAAGUUUCUACAUUGAAACAAGAAAUUCUCCCUUUGGCAAAGAAACUUGAACCCUAUAGAGAUUUGAGCCCAAGUCCAUCUUUGGCUAUAGUGAAAAUUGAAGAGGCAAAGCGCGAAUUGGCUGCAAUUGAUGCACAACUGGAAAUGAAGGUUGACUUUAUGAAUUCCUCCAUACCUAAAGGACGGCCUUUGAAAUGAAAUCUUCAUUUUUAAAUGUUGAUUGUUGAAAGUGUAUGUAAUGAUAAUACAUUGAAAAAUGUUUAAAUGUUUUUUUGUUUUUACCCAAGUUGUCAUGGGCUGCUUUGCUUAUUUAUCCUGAAUGUCCUAAAGGGAUCUUGUGAAAUGUUGGGUUGAGAAACAAUUAAUAAAAUGUUCAUUAUACCC